UCGCUCUGCGGACCUUAACUCCAGACGGACCAAAACAUUUCCCCGUAGUUGACGUGGAGCUGCGUGUUUGUGUGUUUGUGUGUUUGUGUUGAACCAUGGCUGACGUUAAAGUGGAGGUUUCCACCGACACCUCCGCUGUCAUACACAGCUCCAGUGCAGCUUCUCAGCCCAACAACCCGCUGUCAAGGAAGCUGAACAAAAUCCUGGAGAUGAGGCUCGACAGCGACAAGGAGAUGCUGGAGGCUCUGAAGGCUCUCUCCGUGUUCUUCACCGAGAACAGCCUGCGCACCAGGAGAAACCUUCGCGGCGACAUAGAAAGACGAAGCCUGUCGAUUAACGAGGAGUUCGCACUAAUCUUUAAGGAGGUUAAAGAGGAGCUCGAAAGCGUUAACGAGGAUGUCCAGGCCAUGAGCACGUGUUGUGAAGAAAUGACCAGUAGAUUAAAGGCUGCGAAGGAGCAAACUCAAGACCUCAUAGUAAAAACCAACAAGCUGCAGGGAGAAAAUCACCGCCUGGAGGUAAGAGCUCAGGUUGCUCAGGCUUUCCUUGCCAAGUUCCAGCUAUCCAAUGAGGAGAUGGCCACACUUCGAGGGUCUCGGGAUGCACCCAUUACUGAGGAUUUCUUCAAAGCUCUCAGCCGUGUGAAGCACAUCCACGAGGACGUGAAAAUCCUCCUGCGAACCAACCAGCAAACUGCAGGGUUGGAGAUCAUGGAGCAGAUGGCCGUGUUACAGGAGACAUCAUAUGAGCAGCUCUACCGCUGGGCUCAGAAUGAAUGCAGAGGACUGACCCAAGAGACGUGUGAUAUCAGCCCUGUGUUGACUCAAGCCAUGGAAGCCCUACAGGACCGACCUGUCCUUUACAAGUACACUCUGGAUGAGUUUGGGACUGCACGCAGGUGCGCAGUGGUGCGAGGCUUCAUCGACGCCCUCACCCGCGGCGGGCCAGGAGGAACACCCCGACCUAUAGAGAUGCACUCACAUGAUCCUAUGAGGUAUGUUGGGGACAUGUUGGCCUGGCUGCACCAAGCCACCGCCUCGGAGAAAGAGCACCUAGAAGCUCUGCUCAAACAAGUCACUCUGCAAGGUGUGGAGGAGAACAUGCAGGAGGUGGUUGGACACAUCACUGAGGGAGUCUGCAGGCCGCUCAAAGUUCGGAUAGAACAGGUCAUUGUGGCCGAGCCAGGUGCUGUCCUGCUUUACAAGCUCUCCAACCUGCUAAAGUUCUACCACCACACCAUCAGCUCUAUCAUUGGGACCAGCGUGGCCUCCUUGCUUAUCACUAUUGAAGAAAUGCACAUCCUCAGCAAAAAGAUGUUCUUCAACAGCCUGAGCCUUCAUGCAAGCAGACUCAUGGACAAGGUGGAGCUGCCACCUGCAGACCUUGGACCUACAGCCUCCCUCACUCAGACGCUCUCCCUCCUCAGGGAGGUGCUGGCCUCCCACGAUUCAUCGGUGGUUCCACUGGAUGCUCGCCAGGCUGACUUUGCUCAGGUGCUCUCCUGCAUCUUGGAUCCGCUUCUACAGUUGUGUACCGUGUCAGCCAGUAACCUGGGCACUGCUGACAUGGCUAGCUACAUGGUCAACUCGCUGUACGUCAUGAAGACCACGCUCGCUCUGUUUGAGUUCACCGACAAGAGGCUCGAGAUGCUCGAGUUCCAGAUCGAAGCUCACCUCGACACUCUGAUCAACGAGCAGGCGUCAUACGUGCUGACCAGAGCCGGUCUGAGUUACAUCUACAGCGGUGUCCAGCAGCACAGUGCUGAACAGGGUCCUCUGUCCUUGCUGCCCAGCAUGGACAGCUCUUCUGUGAAAGCGGCGAUGGUCCAGUUUGAUCGGUACUUGUCAUCGCCUGACACUCUUGUUAUGCCACAACUCAACUUCCUGCUGAGUGCGGCCAUCAAGGAGCAGAUUUUCCGGCAGUCCACAGAGCUGGUGUGCAGAGCCUAUGGGGAGGUUUACACAGCGCUCACCAGCCCAGCUAACGGCUACAAAGACCUGGAGAACCUGCUACCCAGAUCACCUAAGCAGGUUCAGUCCUUGCUGUCCUGAAAGACACUUUAGUCUCACCUGGCUGACCUCAGCCUGCAGGUUAUUUAAAGAGAUAUGUUAUUUGUACAGUGUAAUGUAUAUAAAAGUAGUUGUUAAGGUGGGGUUCUUUGUGGUAAAUGUGGGAUGUGGGUGACCUCAGAGAGAGAGAGAGAGAGAGACACUCCUCUGUGCCAUGUAUAUGAUCCAUUUACUUUCAGUGCUGCAAGGCAAUCGGCUUGUUUUUCUCUCUGUAAAGCACACGUCUCCUCAUUUCUGUCUUUAUCUACUCCAUGGUUUGGUUCAUAAUUGUACAAAUCAAAUUGUCUUUUUAUUGAAAAAUAUUGAACACUAUAUAAAACAAGAGGAUACACUGAAUUUAAGAGAUUUGUCUUAUUUUUCCACACUUAAGAGUGGUCAGGAAAAAUUCAGCUCACUGCGCCAAGGGGAACCUCAGAAGCUUCAGCACCAAGCGUUUGUGUUUAUUUUACUCUCAACUGUUUGGAGUUGUAGGAAUAAAAUGGAAAAUCUGUCUUUUGGCUUUUCAAAAAUGUGAAAACAAAACUAUAAUGAUUGAGUCAUUUGCCAUAAGUUUGACCUUUUUUUAAACAGAUCUUUGACCAUUCAAUACACAUUAUGGUGUGCCAUGUGCACAACUUUAACUUU